AUGCAAAAAUCGUUAGGAGUACUAUCAAGUUGUGCCUUACCCAGCUUGGUCCGCCCAAAGAUGUCGGAAGUCGAGAAGGCGCAGACGGCUGUUCGUGAAAAUGACACCAUCUUUGGAAAGAUUAUCCGAAAGGAGAUACCAGCGAAAAUCAUAUAUGAGGAUGAUGAUGUUCUAGCAUUUCAUGAUGUCAGUCCCCAGGCUCCUGUGCAUUUCCUCGUGAUACCGAAGAAACGGAUCGCAAUGCUGCAAGAGGCCGAAGAUUCGGACCAGGCUCUUCUGGGAAAGCUCAUGCUGACCGCCGCUAAGGUUGCUCGCGACCUAGGACUUGAAAAAGGUUACAGAGUUGUUGUUAAUAACGGGCCUGAUGGCUGUCAAAGUUGUGGAAAUCACAGACGCCACCGCUCCCAUAUUGAGGACAUGUCGGAAAUAGAAAGAGCUAGUAGCGCCGUACGUGAAGAAGACACUGUCUUCGGAAGAAUCAUUCGAAGAGAGAUACCGGCGAAAAUCCUGUAUGAAGAUGAAGAGGUUAUGGCAUUUAAUGAUAUCAGUCCACAGGCUCCGGUGCAUUUUCUGGUUAUACCGAAAAAACGAAUCCCAAUGCUGCAAGAAGCUGAGGACCAGGACCAACUCCUCUUUGGGAAACUUAUGCUAACAGCUGCUAAGAUUGCUCGUGACCUACGACUCAAGGAUGGCUAUCGUAUUGUACUGAACAAUGGCCGCGAUGCUUGUCAAAGUGUUUUGCAUCUUCACCUCCAUGUACUCGGCGGAAGACAGCUGGCAUGGCCUCCAGGGUUCAAGUAUGUGGGACGAGUCAAAACUUCAGUUUUGUAG